AUGGAAUCUUCACCCAUAGCUGCGAUGCAGCCUUCUUCUUGUAUGCCAGCUUGGGCCGGGAUUGAUUUGUACAGUUCACACCCACAUGCACAUAUGUCAAGCGUCGCUGCAAAUUCUUUCGGUCCAAGUGCUUUCGACUUUCGAGAUUUGAGCAUGAAGCAUUCAGCUAAUUCGGAUUACUUCAUGGUAAAACCUGUUCGUGGUUCUUCACCUACGGCAAGUUUGGCGGCAGAUCUAUCACAGAAUUUUCACAUUGAUAUGAGCCCUCAAUUACCGACCCCUCGUCGAUCUCUAUUCACGUCGAAUCUUUUGGGAACAUUGGAAGCUAGGGAUUGUGCUACUACUCCUCCAUUACCUUCCUCUUCGCCAGGUCCGUUGAACGAAAGAAUGGAUAUUUCCCCUCUUCCCCAUAAGCAAACAUAUUUCUCUGUGAUUGAGAUGGCAUCACCGACACCUGCAGGUACGCCAAUGGAGGAUACAACUAUGGGGUCAUCUCCAAUUCGCCCUAGUUUAUUGGACGCACCGAAGCCUUUUGGUGCCGAGCGACGGAGAAAUGUAUUCUUACGACCCUCCCUCUCACGUACCAAUCGUUUCUCGAACAAUACCCGUGCUCGACAAAACGUCGAAAGUCAAUUGCCUCCCUUCCGCUUCGGUGCUGGAAGCAGCAAAUUGUGUACCUCUACAUCAAUAUCUCUGGGCGAAUGUUUUAUGGAAUCACCACCACGAGAACGUCGUCCACAAUCUGCGAACAGUCCUUCAGCUGCGAUCAUGGCACCACCACCUCGCCUGAGUAAACCAUUCUCGAGUGUGUCGAGCAGAAUCAAUGGAUCACCAAUUGGUAGCCACUCCCGCAGAACUUCCAAUCCAUUAGUUCGGCCUAGGAAGCAAUUUCGUCGAUCACUCAGCAUGUUUGAAAGUCCACAAGACAUUGUCAAGGACGUAGCUACGUCGAGCAACUUACAUACCGUUAUGGAUAUUGAUGAAAUACACCAACCAACUUUACCACAUUUUUUUCAGGAAGGGCAACCUGAUAGCAUUCCCAGGAUCGCAAAGGAGACUUUGUUGGAAAUUCUUGAUGGCAAAUACGAUGGAGAAUAUGAACAACGAAUGAUUGUUGACUGCAGAUUCGAGUAUGAGUUCGACGGUGGACAUAUCAAUGGUGCCGUCAAUUAUAAUGACAAAGAAUUGUUGACCAGUCAAUUGUUUGAAGCAGAUGUCUCUGGCAAAACCCUCUUAAUCUUCCAUUGCGAAUAUUCCGCACAUCGAGCACCCAUAAUGGCUCGCCACGUACGACAACAAGAUCGUACAACCAAUGUCGAGCAAUACCCCAAACUUUCCUACCCUGAAGUGUAUAUCCUGGAUGGUGGUUAUAGUGCUUUCUUUACUGAACAUCCAGGCCGUUGCUAUCCCGAGAAUUAUGUUGAGAUGGACGCCGAGGAGCAUGCUUACACCUGUGAGCGUGAAAUGGGAAGACUUCGACAAAACAGAACCAAGCUCAGUAGAGCACACACUUAUGCUAUUGGCCAACACGGACAAGUUGAUGAUAGCCCUACUGCACCUAGUCGAUCAAAAUCAAGUGGCAGUAUGUUAACGACAGAAAUGACGAGUUCCCCUAUGAUGAGCUCUCCCUUGUUUUACGAUCGAGGUGCCCCACGAAGACAAGUCUCAUACUAG